GACGAAAGUAUGAAGGAGUGAACUCUCUUGCCACACUUAAAAACACAUGACAAUAAGAAUGGCUGCCUCCUGCUCGUUGGUGUGUUGUGGAGAGGAGCGAGACUCCGAUAAAGCGGUUAUAGUCCGCUUUUCAAAUGGCACUGUCAAAAAUGUAGAGAAACUGGAUUUUACAAUGUACAAAAACGCAGAUGAGCGUAACCCCAGGAAGAAAAGCAGAAGGAUAUUGGUUGCUGAAGCAGACAGGCUGUCCUAUGUUGGAAAUAAUUUUGGAACAGAGUCCUUAAAAUGCAACAGUCUUUGCAAGUAUUACGUGGGAGUGCUGGACAAACAGACCAUGCAGAUGGAGUUGCAUAGUGCUCAGCUCUUCAACAUGCAACCUCUUAUACCAGGAGAGGCAACAGAAGCACCAAAACCCCAGGACACUACACAGACCUACAGAGACAAGGUUGACUCUCUCAUUGAGGCUUUUGGCACCAACAAACAGAAGAGAGCUCUGACUUCUCGUAGACUGAAUCAGGUGGGCAGUGAUACUCUCCAUCAAGCAGUGGCUAAAGCUGCCAACACUGUGAUUGACCAGAAGGGUCUGGAAGCUCUGCAACAGGAAGUGGCUGACACAGAGUCCCAGGCAGACCUGGCUCUCCACCUGCCUCCCUUCAGUGCAGACGCAGAAAAACCUGAGAACGUUUACCUAUUCGACGAUAUCCUGAGUCCAGUGGAGUUUGAGGCUUUGGAGCAGGCUGGUUCCAAGAUGGCAGCACUCACCCCUGAAGAGCUGCAGAAAAUGAAAGAUGAAGGAGGGCGCCUGUCUGUCGUGAAGCACCUAGAGAACAUAUCGAGUGUAGGAGAAGCCAGAGAGAAAACAGCUCGAUGUGCCUUUUACCUUUCUCUGCUCCUCCAACUUGCACGGCAGAGGAGCAUCACCCGCAAGUUCGGCCAGGAGGAAGGCUGCCCUCGCAUCAUUCAGAGCAAACUGUUCAAAACAUUCACAGUGGAGACUUUCAACAAUGGCAGGGUCCAGAACAUGUUGUCGGCAUCAAUGCGUGCAAAAUUAGCAGCAUACUGCUUGGCUCUGCUGCUGCAUAUGGGUCACAUGACUGCUGACCUCACAUUACUGCACCGUGACCUGGGAAUCACUGAGGCAAGGAUGACUGAAGUUGCCAAGUCGAUGGGACUGACCCUAACUAAGUCAGGCCGGGGGAAAGCUGACAACGCUGAACUGCGAGACGAGCACAGAUAUGCCUCGCUUGUUCUACCUCUGGUCAAAUAUGAGCAGUUCAUGGAGAGAAGGAAACGCAGGAAAAUGCACUGAGCACUGCAAGAGGGAAAGAAAUGGACUAUAAAUUCCAAAUGCCACAAAAACAAGAACUGUUUAUUAAUGCAUUUGGUAAACAAAUAAAGUGAUGAGUGAUUA